GCUCAGCCUACUGGUCUGACCUGCUUUUCCCUUUGCCUGCCUGCCUGUGUGUAGAGAGGCUGCACACUGCAGCAGGAUCCCGGACAGGAGCAAGCUUCAGCUUUCAGCUUCCAGCUUCCGCUUUGAGACACCAACACACGGAAAGAUACGUGGGCCAGCUUCUUGGAGGGGGGGGGGGACUUUCUUUGGGGGGGAUUUUGAAGCCGAGGACGUUGGUUCACUCUAAACUAAACUAAACUAAACUAAAAGAAGGACGUGCCCCACAACCCCACGACGACCCCCCCAUGGGGGCAGCAGUCACGGACUGCCAUCGCCACGGUCCUCGCAGACAUGGGAGGCUGCCACAGCUACACAAGUACCACCGACGCCAAGAGCGCCCCCCCCCCUACCGGCCAGGCCAACUUCUCCGACAUCAGCGGACACAAGCUAAAAAACAACAACUCCAAAGUGGCCCCGUCCCUGGAGGAAAAGCCCUACCUGCUGAGUGACUAUGUGUCGGAGCACGUUGGCCACAUGGACAUGAGGACGCUGUCGGCACUACCUAAGGGGCUCGACAGGGCCGAAUGGAUUGCCAGCAACACCGUGGCUUUCUUCAAGAACAUCAGUCUGCUCUGCGGUGCUCUCUCGGAAUACUGCACCAGCAAAACCUGCCCCACCAUCAACGGCCCGGGCAACAUGGUUUACUCCUGGAUGGACGACCACGGGAGGAAGGUGAAGUGCUCCGCCCCCUUGUACACGGACUAUGCCCUGUCCUACAUCCAGGAGCUGCUCACUGAUGAGGCCGUUUUCCCCACGAGGGCAGGCUCCCCUUUCCCAAAUGGCUACAUCUUCAUGGUACAGAAGGUGUUCCUCUUCCUGUUCCGGACACUGGCGCACCUGUACUGGGCCCACUUCCGGGACGUGGUGCGCCUGGACAUGCAUCCACACCUGAACACGCUGAUGAUUCACCUAGUGACCUUCAGCCGAGAGUUCGGGUUACUGGAGCCUGCAGAGAUGGCACCCCUGGACGACCUCAUCUCAGCGCUGAUGGAGUUCAAUGGUGUUUGAGUCCGAGGGGAGCUAGGUGGUGGGGGUCCUGCCCCUGGUGAGGACGGAGAUUUAAGGGACAGAGAAAUCGGCAAGACCGUCUCCUGUUAGGAUAUGGGAAUCCUCAUUCUUCACCCUGUGAGGACGGCUGGAUGCUGUGGGUGGUCUGAGACACAGGGUGGCUCUACAGUGAUGGGUUUGACCUCUGAGGCAAACUGUGAACCUAUGGCUACAUCCACAGUGUGUAAAGCUAGAUAAUUAAGGGGGAAAAAAAAUUCUGUGAUUCUAUCUACAUAUCCUAUGUGCAGGUAUAUGUAAUAUGACAGAGUUGGCUGACUCUCCUGCUUGACACGAGGUAGCAAUAAAGAGUUAAAAAUGAAUUUGAAUAGUAGAACCUGUUUUUUUUUUUUUACCCAAAUAUGCUGCAGACUCGUCUGACGGCCUGUUUUAUCAGUACGUUCUUUCUAGGUUACACCAUGGCAACGACUAGUCGGUUGUUAAAUUCCUGAAUCGUUACAUAAUGAUGGUUGCCAGUUUUUAAAAACCUUUUUUUUUUUUUUUCUACCGGUGUUCGUUUUCCAUGUCCUCUUUUUGAGAGCUUCAUAUUUGCCUUUUCUUUUAAACGUACUUUUGAUAAAUAAAUAAAAAGGCUCCUGUGAAAUGUG